CUCCUCCGCCAGGCGCCGCAGACGCAAUGUGGGGGACUUGUGCGGGGUUCAUUUUGGUUCCGUCCGGGGUGCGGCGGAGGGGGGCGGGUUGAGCUUCUUGUCCUUCGACGACCACGUCUCAGGGCGGCUUUACGUGCGACGGCGAGGACGACAUAAACGCUUGCGAUACCGCACUACGGUCAUCUCUCAUCCUCAUUCCUCUUUUCGCUUCAAGGACUAGAGACUCCUGAAUCGCUAGCAUGCUUCGUUGCACGCGUAGUUUGGUACAGCGGUCGGCUACGCUGGGGAUGAGAGCAGCACGUCCUGGUCCCUCUCGCAUCGCCCCAGCUAUUCGCAUCGCGAGACGAGGUGUAUCCACGUACAACACGGACAUCGCGGGGCUCACGUCGGAUGAGGAAGAGUUCCGCAACGUCGUCUGGGACUUCGCGCAGAAGGAGAUCGCGCCCCGGGCGGAGGAGAUCGACAGGACGAACACGUCGCCUAUGGACGUCUGGGAGAAGCUCGGGGACAUGGGCUUACUCGGAGUCACUGUCUCCUCGGAGUACGGCGGCGUCGAGCUCGGCUAUUUCCAGCACACGCUUGCGAUGGAGGCCAUCUCCGAGGCUUCCGGGUCCGUAGCGUUGUCGUAUGGGGCUCACUCGAACCUCUGCGUGAAUCAAAUCCACCGGCAUGGCACGGACGCGCAGAAGGCGAAGUACUUGCCUGAUCUGAUCUCUGGGAAGAAGGUCGGUAGUCUCGCGAUGAGCGAGACGGGAAGCGGGAGCGAUGUCGUAAGCAUGCGGACGAGGGCGGACAAGGUGAAGGGAGGGUACAAGCUGAAUGGGAAUAAGUUCUGGAUAACGAACGGCCCAAUAGCUUCGACGUUCGUCGUGUACGCGAAGACGGAGCCCGAGAAGGGGUCCAAGGGUAUUACAGCGUUCAUCGUGGAGAAGGGCACGCCGGGAUUCUCUACCCACCAGAAGCUGGACAAGUUUGGCAUGCGCGGGAGCGAUACGUGCGAGUUGGUGUUCGAGGAUUGUGUUGUGCCGGAAGAGAACGUGUUGGGGCAGGUAAACCGCGGCGCCGCGGUUUUGAUGUCUGGUCUCGAUCUUGAGCGACUGGUGCUUAGCGGUGGUCCACUCGGCCUCAUGCAGUCCGCCUUCGACAUGGCAGUCGAGUACGUACAUGACAGGAAGCAGUUUGGGCAGCCCGUUGGCGAGUUCCAGUUGAUGCAGGCCAAGAUUGCGGACAUGUAUACGAAGCUGAAUGCGAGUCGGUCGUAUGUGUACGCGGUGGCGCGCGCAUGCGAUAAGGGAAGGAUCAGUCGCAGGGAUUGUGCUGGAGCCAUCCUGUACUCCACUGAGAAGGCCAUCGAGGUCUGUAUUGAGGCACAGCAGUGCUUUGGGGGGAACGGCUACAUCAAUGACUACCCCAUUGGUCGCUUAGUUCGCGACUCGCGUCUGUACGCGGUCGGGGCUGGCACGCAGGAGAUUCGGCGGAUGCUCAUUGGCAGGGAGUUCAACCAGCAGUUCAAGGCUUGAGGUGGACCUUAUUUUCGUCAGCGCUCCAGCACACUGUAUCAUAGAAACACAAUUCUGUGUCUGCAAACAGCCUGUAGGGCCUUGCAAGUGCUCGGAGAGUAAACGAACCGUGACCGU